AUGCCCGUGGUAGGUGAUCGGUUGAUGGUGUAUGCAGUAUGCGUAGUUGAUCCCGGGUUCGUGCUGAGAUGGGAAGAGGUGGUCGAUAUCCCUAUUGGCGCCGUCCCUUCCCCCCGCUUCCCUUCGCCUAGGCAUUGCGAAUGCAUUAGUGAGAGUGGUGUUUUUGAUGAAACACUGGUAUCUGGCAUCCUGCAGCUGGCGAAAGGUCAAUCCCGUACCUCUUUGAAGGACGCCGCCAGAUGGAUAGAUAAGCACGGAGAGAUGCCCGAUCCUUUGGGACCAUGCGGAAGACGCAAGGGGGUCUGGAGGCGACGGAAAGACAGAGCCAAAGGACUUCACUUUGACAAGGAGAACAACAAGGUGUUAGGAGACUUGGAAGAUGGGAUGCAAGAGCCCGUGAACAACGGCUUCACUUCUUCCCAAGAUGUCCUCUCCGACGGUUCCAGUGGCUCCAGUUCGGGACGGGGAUACAUCGUGGUGCUUGCCUUGGUGAAAUGUCCAGAGUAUUGGACGCCAUGCCCCUUCAUGUGCAAAGAAGCAACCAUUGACUUGGUGCGACCGAUAAUGAAGAUCUUUCUGGUCCGGGAUCUUUGA